UGAAGAAUAUCAACCAAUAAAUAAAACAUCAAUUCAAAAUGGUCAUAUCGAUGAUGGAAAUCAUAUUGAAAACAAACAAUAUUUUAUUUUAUUUUUUCAAAUUCAUUUAACUGAUGCGGAAAUGACAAAAAUUAACAAUGGUGAAUGGAGAUUAUUGGAAGAAUUAAUUGAAAAGAAAAAUGAACAAGAAUCUCGUAUUAAUGAUACAAAUAUUGCUCAACCAACAUUAUUUGCUAUACAAGUUGCAUUAACAGUUUCACUUAUUUCAUGGAAUAUAUAUCCAUCAUCAAUUAUAUCACAAAGUGCUGGUGAUCAAGCAGCUGCUUUUGUUGCUGGUUGUUUAAAUGUAGAAGAAACUAUUCGUAUUGAACAUUUGGCUUGUAUUGUUGUUGUUAAUAGUACUCGUCGAGUAACAAUAAGUGGUGACGAAAAAACUAUUGAUGAAAUACAACAAAUUCUUACCAUAUCUUAUCCUAAUGUAUUUAAAGCACGUCUUCGUAUUGAAAAUGCAUGUCAUUCAUAUCAAAUGAAUCGAUUUGAUACUGAAAAAGAAAUGAUUUCAUCCUUGAAAGAUAUUCGAAGACUUCCAGUACAAGAUCAAAAACAAAUUUUUGAUCCGAUAUGUGCAAAAGCAAAACCUUAUUCAAGUGUUAUUGGUGAGCAAAUGAAUGAUAAUAUACCAGUUAAUGGUCAAUAUUGGUGGUCAAAUGUGAGACAAGCGGUGAGAUUUUAUGAUGCUAUAGCAGCAAUUAUAAAAGAUGAAACAGCAAAUGUUUUUCUUGAAAUUUCACCACAUCCAGUUUUAGCUACAUCUAUUCGUGAAUGUUAUGAAUUAACAAAGCAACAACAACAAUCAUUACCACUUAUUCUUCCAACAUUAAAACAAAAAGAAAAUGAACAAAUAACAUUACUUACUAGUUUAGCACAACUUACAACAUCAUCUCAUGUAUGGCAACAAUAUUUUCAUACUCAUCAAAUUUUACCUGUGAAAAAUCAUGAAGAAUAUUUUGAUAACUUUCCAUUAUAUAAAUUUCAUUUGAGUUCAUGUUGGUAUGAAUCAAAAGAUUUAUCUAUACAACGUCUAGCUAAUCGUAUAUCUACUCACCCAUUAUUUGGUAUUCGUCAAUUAAAUGAACAAACAAGUGCAACAUGGAAAAGUCUUAUUAGUAUUGAUUCAUCACAACAUGCCUUUUUAAAAGAUCAUAAAAUUCAAGAUGCAAUUCUUUUCCCAGCUAUUGCUUAUCUUGAACUCGCAACAACUGCUUGUCAACAAUUACUUCCCCCAAAAGAAGAUGAUCAACAACAACUAACACUUAUUUUUGAAGACGUAAACUUUAAUAAAGCACUUAUUCUUAAUGAACAUGAAUUGAUGGAAGUAUUUAUACAAAUAAUUAUGCCAAUGUGUACAUGGUAUAUUAUAUUUCGUAAUUAA